AUCGAUCACAACGGAAAACUUCUCGGACAACACGUAGCACUGCCGACUCUUCCGACUAAUACUGCCGACCUAUACUGCCGACCUAAACACGAUCCCACCACAAUGACUGAUAUCAUGGCGCAGCCCAUAGCUACAGAAGGAUCGCCCUCGGUCCCCGAGCUUCAGCAGCCCUUUGUCUCGAAAUGGGCUUCCAGAUAUCGCGGGGCCACAGUAGAAGACCUCGACCCCCCCGCCGCCCUCUCCCUCAACCCCUCGGACCCCAUCUCGCUCGCCCUCCUCUCCGCCUUUGAGCGCGAAUACACCCACCUGACCAUCAUCGACUCGCAGACCCGCGCCCUGCUCGGCUACAUCUCCAUCCCGCAGCUACAGGCCCGCCUCGAGCGCGGCGAGGUCAAGCCCGAGGACGAGGUGCGCACUGCCAUGAUGCGCUUCCGUCGCAGGGGCGGCGCAAAGUACCAGGUCAUCACCAUGGAGACGCCGCUGGAGGAGCUCGAGGCGUUCUUCGCCGGCGUUGCCACGGCAGGCCAGAAGCAGGACUUUGCUGUCAUCACGGAUGAGAAUAGGCGGUUCGUCCUGGGCGUGGCGACGGUGGCGGAUCUGGAGGAGUUUGUUAAGAGGAGGCCUGCGUAAGGGGGUGCUGGAGAGGGAUUAUGGAUAUCGGGUGAGAGAUACCGAAAAAUGAAGAGCGGAAGAGUCAUGGAUCAGACGGUCCCAGAUAGCCGCUCAGAUACGG